UAGAGGUGACGCUGUUCAACCCACCGUGGGAUCGCCACAUAUGAGGACCAUGUGUUUGUAUCCCGUUAAAGGGCCCGGCUGUACCUCGCUCGGCCUGUAGGCGGCGCGCUUUCCUCCGGCAUUUUCUUUGUUUUUCAUCUCGCCCGCUGCCCGUGAUCUCUCAUCAAACGGCGGCUAUUUUUUUAAAAACAUUUUAUAAUGGCGGAGGACAGUGAAUCCGCGGCGAGCCAGCAGAGCCUGGAGCUGGACGACCAAGAUACGUGCGGGAUAGACGGAGACAACGAAGAGGAGAAUGAGCAUAUGCAAGGGAGUCCAGGGGGCGACCUGGGGGCCAAGAGGAAGAAGAAGAAGCAGAAGAGGAAGAAAGAGAAGCCGAGCUCGGGGGGAGCAAAGUCAGACUCUGCCUCCGAUUCUCAGGAGAUCAAGAAUCCUGGCUUACCCAUCCAGAAGCUGCAGGACAUCCAAAGAGCCAUGGAGCUGCUUUCCUGCCAGGGUCCAGCAAAGAGCAUCGACGAGGCAGCUAAGCACAAGUACCAGUUCUGGGACACUCAGCCUGUGCCCAAGCUAGACGAAGUAGUGACGACUUAUGGGCCAAUUGAAGGCGACAAGGAGAACAUCAGACAGGAGCCAUAUUCCUUACCUCAAGGUUUUAUGUGGGAUACUUUGGAUCUCAGCAAUGCAGAUGUACUAAAGGAGUUGUACACGUUGUUAAAUGAAAACUAUGUGGAGGAUGAUGAUAACAUGUUCAGAUUUGAUUAUUCGCCCAGCUUUCUCAAAUGGGCUCUGCGUCCGCCUGGCUGGUUACCUCAGUGGCAUUGUGGAGUGAGAGUGUCCUCAAACAAGAAGCUUGUCGGCUUCAUCAGUGCCAUCCCUGCAGAUAUACGCAUCUAUGACACGUUGAAGAGGAUGGUAGAGAUCAACUUCCUGUGUGUUCAUAAGAAGCUGCGCUCAAAGCGGGUUGCUCCUGUGUUAAUCAGAGAGAUCACGCGGAGGGUGAACUUAGAAGGCAUAUUUCAAGCAGUAUACACGGCAGGGGUCGUUCUGCCUAAACCCGUGUCCACCUGCAGGUAUUGGCAUCGUUCUUUGAACCCCAGAAAGCUUGUGGAAGUUAAAUUCUCCCAUCUGAGCAGAAACAUGACUCUGCAAAGAACCAUGAAACUCUACAGAUUACCAGAUAGCACCAAGACUGCAGGUCUGCGGCCGAUGGAGAGGCGCGACAUUCGUCAGGUCACCGAGCUCCUACAGAAAUACCUGACGCGUUUCCAGCUUGCACCUUCAAUGAAUGAAGAGGAGGUUGCUCACUGGUUUUUGCCACAGGACAACAUAAUUGACACAUAUGUAGUAGAGGCUGCUGGUGGUGUACUGACAGAUUUCACUAGUUUCUACACUCUGCCCUCAACUGUGAUGCAUAACCCUCUCCAUAGGAGCCUGAAGGCUGCUUACUCUUUUUACAAUGUUCAUACACAAACUCCACUAUUGGACCUAAUGAACGAUUCACUGAUCCUGGCCAAACUGAAAGGAUUUGACGUGUUCAAUGCCUUGGAUCUAAUGGAGAAUAAGGUGUUUCUGGAGAAACUCAAGUUUGGCAUAGGUGAUGGAAAUUUGCAGUAUUACCUCUACAACUGGAAGUGUCCCCCUAUGGAUCCUGAUAAGGUUGGCCUCGUCCUUCAGUAGCAGGUUGCUUCACGGCUGCUGCAGAAACACUGGUUAAGAGGUUCUCAGCAACCUCUGGCUAAUCCUUACCUGGACAUACAGGUAGCCCUACUUAGACAAUGAGAACUACAACAGUAAAACCAACCUGGUGACCGGGCGACGCCUGUGUCAUCAAGAACAUUCUCAGUUCACCUGGAGGUGAAAACUCUUAAAUCAUCAACAUCCUGAAUGUGAAUCAUGCUAUGCCUCAGACACUCAUACAGUACGAUGCUUCUGACAUGCACAUUCAUAUUUAAAAGACACCAGUCUGACAUUCAAGAGGAUGCUUUGACAGUUUGAUUUAUGUUGGGCUUUCUCAGCUUUGUUACAGUGGAUGGAUUUUUUUGAAUAACUUCCCUAAAGUGGAAAUGAGUAAAAGACCAUCAAACAAACGUUUUUAAUGAAAGCUUUUUUUUUGUUUAAGCUGUCAAAAAUAUUAGUUAUUGUGUCCCCACUGUGGAUGGACAGUUAUUCCUGUCUGUUCUCAUGUUGUUGUCAGAAAUACUGAGGUGUUGUUUUUUUAUGCCAGACAUGGAAACAAAUAUUUUUACCAUCAGUCUUAAAUAAGCAUUUUAACUUUUAAUCCCAAACAUUUCCACAUUUAAGUAACACAUACACACAAAGGAAGGACUUAUUAUACUGCAUUUAUAUACAGUACAUGUUUUUUGUUAAAAUAUAUAGUUACCUGUACAUUUAAAGCCAGAUCAUAUUUAUUCCUGUAGUGAGUUUGGGGUUUGGGACAGCUGAUCCAAAGUAUUUUCCUCAUCACCGGGUUUGUUCAGACAAUGUGGUUUUUGGAGGUUUUUCAUGAAGAAUGUAUUUAAAAAAUGAAGCACAAUCUUUGAGUUCUUGAACAAGUAAAAUGGUCCUUAAAGAGUCAGUUAGACAAGACUGGGAACAGAUUCUGGAUCAGGUACACGCUUGGUUUUAUCAAACAGUGCUAUUUAGUCAUAUUUACUGAGGGCCCAGUUUUUUAUGAUUGACCUGCAUGGAAAAACAGCAUUUACCAAGUAGGGCUUUGAAAGGAUAGUACCAAAGGUCGAAAACACCAGUUUCGCCAUAGUGGUUAUACUUGGUUGAUGGUGUGGAAGUGGCUGGUUAGCAUCGAUGGUACAUAUCGUCCGUUAGAGAAAGGCAGCCACAGCCAGUUCUAUUUUGAUUCUCACUCACUUGCAGUGCAUUUAUGAUUAAUGCAACCUGUUGCAAAGGAUAAGAUAAGCCGCCCCUGUACAACUGCAUAAGUGCAACACUGUGUUAUCAGCUUUUCUGAAAACGUGUAGGUACAGUAGCAUCCAUCCACUCACCUGCAUUAGGUUAAAUGUGCUCAGUCAAACAAAACAAAUAGGAGAAUACCCAUCAAAGGACGUGAGGGAAUAAUUUACCACAGCAUGUGGUCAGAGAUUCACAAUAGCUUGAACCAGUAACCACAUCAAUUUAAAUGUGUUUUUUUAGGUCUGUAUUUAUUGAAUUUUCAGAACUUUGUUUUUUAUGGUACUGUGUUUUGUGUCAAAAAUGAUACUGUAGGUCAUUUUUAGUGUUGUGCAGCUAAAUGCGUGAAACAGUUCUGAUAGCUAUAACUGUACUUUGCAAAAUGUCUUAAGACAUGAUUUUUUUCUUUACAGUAUUUCCUUAAAAUUUCCAGGCAUGGGCUUUUGAGGGUUGGAAACAUUUUCUGUCCUCAGCUGAGCAGGCUGACGUAGUCUGACCACUUGUUCUGUGGUUUUCCUCAAUGUCUUUUUUUGGUUUGUUACUUUGUUUCUUGUUGCUCUUCAUGCAUCUCUGCAUAACUUAAAAGUUACGGCUGCUGCCAGUUUUUGCAGAUUAGCUGCGGAUUAUUCCGUAUGUGAUGUAAUUUCUUCUCACCCCUUUAUAGAUUUGCAAGAAAACUACAAUGGCUGAAAGGGUUUGUUUAGCCAUAGGGUUACGGAGUCAACAGCGUGCCUAAUGGACAUUGGUUGAGUCAAAGACGUGUUGCCUGCAGCUGUUCAAGUGAACUUUAUUGAGCAUGUCAGUUUUGCUGCCGUGUUAAUGUUCCUAGCUACACCCUUUAGUGAGAACUCAACCCGAAGUACCUGCCUUAUUUAAAAGUUUUUUGUUUUUUUUAAGAUUCUGGGAUGGGGACUUUUAAAAUGACAUACAGCUUUCGGAAGAACAAUAUUUUUAUUCAAAUCCAUUGUAGGCUGUGAAAAAGCUGAAGAACUUGUACCAGCAUCACAUAGACAUGACCCCAUGCAAAUAAUCUGUCAACUCACACGUCAGCUAUACCAGCAUGGAUAUUUGAUUGAAUAAACUCACUAAAAAAAAAGAGCCAUGAGUCAUGAGCUAUUAUUGCAUGAAGAACGCUGCAGUAAUACCAUAAUUAUAUGAAAUGGAGUGAGCAAUUCGAGUCACAUCUCUAAUAGAUUAAAUAAAAAACUGUUUCAGGUCACGCAAAUUAUAUUUUUCUUUGAAAGAUAAAAGAUUUAUAAA